UUACCGUACAAUGGCUAUGUUCAUUAGCGGUGUAGUCAUUGCUACGGCAAGAAUUUUGAAUCACGAUUGUUCAUUCUUCACUCGCCUUCAUCGUGCUAAGCGUCACAAAAGUAAUACUAAGAAAGAUUGGAUUCAUCGUGUUACAAAGAAUUGUGUAAAACGUGAUUUAUAUCGCCCUUUGCAAUCUGAAAAAGCUGUCAAAACAACUGUCUCAAGAAACAAUCAAUGAUGAACCUUUGUGAAAGUUCACAGCAUUUCUAUCGCACGUCAAGUUCAAACAAGUUGAUGACUAGAAACUAUCCAAGAUAUGUGGCAAUGCGCGUCUCAAAUACGGAUGAUUUGAUGUAUGAAAUGGCGAACCCUAAUUGUAAAGCUCUUUUUAAUGCUUUACCGAGAUCUGAACCAUCAUUAUCCCAGUCUUCAAUUCCCGCAACUGUAUCACAGUUUCGAGUACGUCAGAGAUUUCGUACUCUUGCAAGCCCUAGUGAGUUAAGGAGUCUUGACAUUGCUUUAAAACGCACAAAGUCAUUAAAUACUCCCAUCAGAGUUACUAAGGAAACUGACUGUGUAAAAAGAAAUGAUUUGACGAAAGUGCAAGAUGAUUUAACCUGUAAAUCUUUUAAAGAGGACUUUGAUCAUUCUAGCAUUGUAUCUUCGCAACAAAAACAAAACACAAACGUCAAAUUGCGUCAAAAAGAUCAGAAGAAAGCCUUAUUACUAAGAAGCGUUAGCUCAUCACGUCUUUCACCGAAAGUUGAAUCUCGACCUAAACUAGUCAACCGUUUAUCCUGUCCUGAUAAUCUCAUACCACCUAAAUCACGAAUUACCUUGUCUUUUGAUAUACUAGAAAGCAACGGAGAAUUAUCCAAAGGAACAAAAUCUCAAACACAAUUGCACGGAUUAUCAAAGAACGAUAACAAUGGAAAAAAUGUAAUUGUUAAUGAUGAAUCCAGGCAAGGGACAACAUCAUCUAUUCUCUUCGGAGAUAGACAAUCCCUAGGAGUUCCAGUGAGAGUUAAAAAAAGCGUCAAGUUUACAAACAGUAUGGAACUUACAAAGAGAAAUUCGCAAAGACUCGUAACGAGAUUCGAGAUCGAACUGGCAAUUACAGAUGAUAAUCGAGAUAGGUUUAUGGAUUACGUAAACUCCAAAUCCGUAAAUCUUAACGCACAAGAUUACUACGGGAAGACUUUACUUCACACGGCCGCCAGUGUUGGCAACUGUUUUUGCGCACGAAUUCUUGUCGACAAAGGUGCACAAGUCGACGUACAAGAUCAAGCUGGCUUCACACCUUUGCAUUGCGCUGUUGUUGCAAAUCACGUGUCCUGUGCCGCUGCACUCAUAGCUGCUGGCUCGGAUGUGUUAAGAACAACACGAACAUAUCACACAGCGCUAACACUUGCACAUGAAGUGGAAAUGAUACUUCUCAUAGGUCGCACUCUUUUACUUUCUCAACCUCCCACUAACAUCCGCAGUAUUACGAAUGAAAGUUCAUUAAGAGAAACCAAUUUGUAAUUAUUUUUAGAAUGCAUUUGUAGAGAUUACAUCAGCAAUUCCAGGAAAAUCCAGUAAAAUUUCAUACGAUAGAGUAAAGUCUGAUCCAGUAAAACACUUCACUCUCAAUGUAACUUUUACUCUGGACUUAUUCAUCAAUACAUUUGGAAAGGAUCUUAUAAGAUUACCGAACAGCUUGCCAUUGGCAUGUUUGCUUAGAAAAGUUAUUUGAAAAAAGGGGGAAAUGUGUUUUUCAUUCAAAUACGCAAGCUAUCUGAAUAUGGAAGAUUUUUUUUAGUCUCAAGAACUCUUGAAAAUUAUCACUUCGUCAAAGAAAACUGUAAACGUGUUUCAUUUGUAAUGCAAAAUUUUUUGUAGUUUUCAAA